AUGGCCUCCGCCAGUCUUGUAGUCACAUGCGGUUCCAGCGCAAUCACCGUAACAGGGUCAAACAGCGCCUUCGACUUCGGCAACCUGCGCAGCGACUGGCGCUCUGAACGGAAGUGA